AUGGUGCGCUCAAGCCUCUUCAUACGGCAAGUCCGCGCUCUCUGUCGUAAGAACUUGAUCCUGUUCACCCGCCACUGGUUCCUCAACUUGAUCCGCUGCCUCAUCCUUCCCGUCGCCUUCAUUGUCUUCUUGGGUGAAGCCCAGAACUUCUUUUCCAGGCCUGCGACGUAUGGGUUUGGGAAUGCUGCUGCGGUAAAGAAUUUCGCGACCGAGCUGGGGAGUGGGAAGUUUGUUUGGAUUGAUCGGACGGGGAGCUCGGGUGGGGAGGCGCAGAGGGUUGUGGAUAUUGUUACGGCGAGGGUGACGAGAGGGACUGUGGUGCAGCUGCAGACGAGUACGGAGCUCGCGGAACUGUGUCCGCAAAAUUUUAUUGGUGCGAGUCCUUGUUUUGCGGCGGUGGAGUUUAACCAGUUGGAUUUUACGACGAAUCAGUUCAACUACACCCUGCGGGCCGAUACAGGAAGUAACACUAUUCGUGUCGACACCAACUCCGGAUCGUUCGAACAAAAAGUGUUACCGCUGCAAUGGGCCAUCGACCAAGCGAUUUUUCAGAUCAGCAACCCCGGGGGAACACUACCCCCGACGCCGCUCGAACAACCAUAUACGCAAAUCUCAGACGAGGAUCGCAAAACUGAUAUGAGGCUUUCUUAUCUGAGUGGUGUACGUACGAUCCUAGCAUUGGCGUUCUUUAUUGGACAGUUGGGUGUUGUAUACCAGCUCGUUGGACACAUCGCGGAAGAGCGGGAAGCGCUCAUCACGGAUCUAUUGGAUUCGAUGUCUUGUCUUCGUACUGCACGGUUCGCGUCGUUUCAUCUCUCGUACUCGAUUAUGUUUCUUCCGUCGUGGAUCUUGAUGGGUGUUACCUUGGCGCUCACGUGUUUCACGAAGACGAACAUCGGUUUGGUCAUCGUCUUCCACUUCCUCAACGGUUUCGCGUUGACGUCGUGGUCACUCUUCGCGGGGUCCUGGUUCCGGAAAGCCCAGAUGUCGGGUAUCUCUGCGACCAUCGCAGCGGUCAUCAUGGCCAUCAUCGCACAAGUCAUCAAAGACCGCUCCUCAGGCUCCGUCAUCAUUUUGUCGCUGAUAUUCCCGCCUAUGACAUAUAUCUUUGGUACACUUAUCAUGACACACUGGGAGCGCGAGUUAUUGGCGACGAAUGUCGUGCAGAAGGGACCGAGUGGGGCGACAAUGUUGGGGGUGAUCAUCAUGUUGUUGGUACAGAUCGUGGUGUACCCUUUUUUGGCGGCGAUGGUUGAGGAUAGGAUGUUCCAUGGUGGUUUUUUCCGGACGUUCAGGAGGAGUAAGGCGAGUGUUGAGGAGGUCGAGGAUAUUGAUGGUGCGGCGGUGGUUAUUCGUGGGUUGAAUAAGGAUUAUGUACCGAGGGCUAUGUUCAGGAAGGAACAGGCGAAGAGGAAUACGGUGCAUGCAGUCAAGGAUCUGUCACUUACUGUGCACAAGGGACAGGUAUAUGGUCUCCUUGGUGCGAACGGCUCUGGAAAGUCGACGACGCUGGGUAUGAUCUCUGGAUCUAUCUCCAUCACUUCGGGGAGUAUCAUCAUUGACGGAAACCCAAGAUUGGAGGGGAAGCAUCUCCCGCAGGGGAUUCUGGGAGUGUGUCCGCAGAAGAACGUCAUUUGGGAUACGUUGACGGUACGCCAACAUGUCGAGAUUUGGCAGGCGAUCAAGGGUGAUGCCGGAUCGGUUGAGGUGGAGGAUAUCGAUGACUUGAUUGACCGCUGUGAUUUGAGUCCGAAGGCACAGUUCUUGGCGAGCAACCUCUCUGGUGGACAAAAACGCAAACUCGGUCUCGCGAUCUGCUUUGUCGGUGGCUCACGUGUCUGUCUCCUCGACGAGAUCUCAUCCGGUCUCGAUCCCGUAUCUCGACACGUUAUCUGGAACAUUAUCUUGCACAUGCGUGGACAGAGGACGAUGAUCAUGACGAGUCAUUUCUUGGAUGAGUGUGAUGUACUGUGUGAUGAUAUUGCUAUCUUGUCGAAGGGACAGUUACAGGCACAGGGGAGUUCGGUUGAGUUGAAGGCGAGGUUGGGGGAGGGGUGGAGUGUGGUUGUGAAGAGGGUUGAAAAUCAGAGUGUCGACGCGGAGGUGUCGUGGAUGGGUCACGAUGGAACGCAGGAGGGUAUGGUUCAGAUGAGUCCUGUUGGGGAUGAUAUGCGGGAUGUUGCGGCUGUCGUACAGAGCGUGGUGCCGACAGCGGUACAAAAGGUUGUCGUACCGGGUGAAUCCGUGUUUCGUCUGCGUACUUCGGACCCAGUACUGGUCGCUAGAGUCAUGCAAGUUCUCGAUGAAAAGAAGGAGCAGCUGAGGCUUGAGAGCUGUGAUCUUUCGGGACCGACGUUGGAGGAUGUCUUCUUGAGGAUCAUGGAGGGGGUUAAGGCACGCGAGGAGCAGGAUAAGGAGGCAUUGCUUGAUUCGUCUUUUGCGAUCAACUCGGAAGACGAGAUCUCGAAGGAUGGGGCGAUGCCUAUUAUCAUGCCGGCACAUUCGAGAUCGGAGAGCUCUGACCCGAUUAACGUGAUUGGGGGAGCAACUACGGCACCUUCGUCCUCGACUGUGAACGAUGCUUCUGCGGUCACCAAAGCUUUGGAUCUGUCUGAUGGCCGUCGUACCGGUGUCUGGGAACAGACUAUUUUCGUUCUCGGGAAGCGAUGGCUAAUCAUGACCCGUGGGUGGUUCUCCUUCAUUGCACCUUUGUUGGUGGUAGUAUUCGCUUGUGGUAUCAGUACUGUGUUCAUCAACAGCGGCUACAACCCGGGCUGUGAUGUCGUAUACCGUGAUAACUCGGACGUCGAUCUUACGUUCCCGAUGUAUGACGGGGUUCCAUUUGUUGUGGCUCCAUCUGCCAACAUCCUGAGUUCCUUGUUAAACAGUACGAGCGCUGCGUUGCUUGCAAGUGCAGGCUCUGCGUCCCUUCAACGGAGACAGAGCACGGACUUGGCGAGCAGUCUGGAGAAUGCACCAUUCCUUUCAUUGGCCAAUUCGACUGCCAACCUUACCUUCAAGGUUAUCGCGGAGGAUUCCCAGAGGGCUAUGAGCUCUCUGAUUGAGGCGAAUCGAGAAAACCUUGAUUCUGGUGGACUACAUAUUGACAUCGCCACCUCUCAAGCUACCUUCACCUGGCUUGCUGAGUACUCCGGUUUGAACGGUCCGUCUCUGCUCAACCUCGCUGACAACAUCUUGUACAACGAUGCCACUGGCUCUUCCGGCUUGCACAUCAAUACCUACUUCAGAUGGUUUGAGUCGAAGAGGCUUGGUGAUACCGGCAAAUCCUUGCAGUUCAUCGUGUUCUUUGGUUUGUCUUGGGCUGUGUAUCCUGCAUUCGCAGCCUUAUAUCCGACACGGGAGCGCCUGAAGGCCGUCAAGGCUUUCCAGUUCUCUAAUGGAAUGAAGUCAACUUCAUUGUGGCUUGGCCACUUCCUGUACGAGCUGCCCAUGAUCUUGCUUAGCAGCACCGUUGUGGUGAUUCUUUUUGCUGCUAUCACGCCUGGCACAUGGAACGCAUUGGGUCUUCUUUGGCUUGUCCUUGUUUUUUACAGCACCGCGUCUGUUCUGUUAGCCUUUAUCGUCUCGCUGUUUGCGACUUCGCAAUUAGCCGCUUUCGCUCUCAGCGCCGGAACAGGCUGUGUAUACUUCCUCCUCUACGUUGCUGGGUACUUGUUGACCUUGACAUACGCACCAGCGUUGCAUUCUGAGCAGGAUUUGAGGGUGAUUCACUACACCAUGUCGCUGCUGUUCCCCAUCGCUUCGCUCAUCAAAGCAGCGUUCGUUUCGUUGAACGCCUUUGCCUUGGCAUGUGAUGGGAACAAGCUUGCAGGAUAUUUCGGCGGUAUCGAUUAUUUCGGUGGACCUAUCCUUUACCUGAUCUUGCAAUCACUUUUGUACUUUGGAAUCUUGAUCUGGUACGACAGUGGUCGUUGGCGUCCACGUAAGGGGGAACGGACCGUAGUGGGUGAGAGUACAGAAGCUGGUCGCUUCGCUGACACAGUCAAUGAGGAUGUCGCAGCUGAGGCAGCGCGUAUCGACAGUCAUCCUGAUGAUGUACUGCAGGUCAGCCAUCUGGUAAAGACCUUCAAGGAGACUGUUGCCGUCAAUGACAUCUCCUUUGGUGUCAGCCGGGGUAGUUGCUUCGCUCUGCUUGGACCGAACGGUGCUGGAAAGACUACGACCUUUUCCAUGCUCCGUGGUGAGUUGGGCCCAGACAGUGGUGACGCAAGCAUUGCCGGGAUCUCGAUUUCUCAGAACCGUAACGAAGCCAGGCAAUACCUUGGUGUGUGUCCUCAGUUUGACGCCAUGGACUCCUUGACAGUCCGAGAGCACCUUGCGUUCUACGCGCGGAUCAAGGGUAUUCCUAAGUCCGAGGUUGUACGAAAUGUGGAGGUUAUCAUCGAGGCUGUGGGCUUGACACCGUUUGCUACGAGACUUGGUGACAAGUUAUCUGGUGGUAAUCAGCGUAAGCUCACUCUGGGUUCUGCUUUGCUUGGUAAUCCCACAUGCUUGCUCAUUGACGAAGCGUCAUCUGGGAUGGAUGCCGCCAGUAAGCGAGUGAUGUGGAAGACGAUUGCGAAGGUCACUCCUGGUCGUGCGAUCGUCAUCACCACUCAUUCAAUGGAGGAGGCUGAUGCUUUGGCGAACCGUUCUGGCAUCCUCGCUAAGAGAUUCUUGGCCUUUGGCACCAUUAGGGACCUAAAGGAGAAGUACGGUGCUGGUUAUUCGGUCGCUUGUGCUUGCGAGUCACCCGGUGACGUCGAGCUCUUGACUAAGUCUGUGAGGGAGCGCUAUCCGGAUGCCAUUAUUGGUGGCCAAGUAUACGGGACGAAUGUGAAAUACCGCAUCCCUAAAGGUGCUGCGAGUGUUGCGGAUAUAUUCAAGCAUAUGGAGCAUAUUCGGUCGGUCAUUUUGCCAGCAUUGAAGUAUUCCGUUAGUGGAGCUACGUUGGAGGAGGUGUUUGUUAGCGUGGUGGAGAAGAACAACAUCAAGGAAGAGGGAGCUGACCCGGAGCCCACGAAAGUGAAGCGUGGGUGGCGACGCUUUGUAGCAGGCUCGGCAUGA